GGAAAAAAAAGCUGUGAAAAAAAAAGUGAGAAAAAAAGGGCCCUUUUUUCUUCUCCUCUUUCUCUCUUUGCUGCACCCCUCGCGCCCAAAACCCUCGUCUCCAUCCCACCUCCUCUCGCCCUCCACGCCGGCGCCACCAUGGGAUCUCCCCCCGGCUCGCUCCCCAAUUUGUAUUUUUCUAAGCAGAUGGAAAUAGGAUCUCAGAAUGAAGAAGUUGUUGCUUAUAAUAGUUCUACUGCCAAAAAGGCCAGAUUGCAGGCUACGCUUUCUGCUCUUCUUGAUGAUCCAUUAUUGUUCGAUGUUCCUAGGAAACCAACCCUUGUGGAUGUUGAUACCUUGAUUAACAUGGAGUUAGGAAGUGCGAUGAAAGUAACAGUGGUUAAGGUGGACACUACCUCAUUUGAUGUUACUGUUUUCAACUCUGCUACACUCAAAGACUUGAAAUCAGCAAUCAGUAAGAAAAUAAAUGAGGUAGAGCAAGCACAGAUGGGCCACCGCUUCAUUUCCUGGAGGCAUGUCUGGAACAAUUUUUGUCUUAGUCAUCAAAAUGAGAAGCUCAUUGAUGACAAGUCUUUACUUGCAGCCUUUGGUAUCCGUAACAACUCGAAGCCAUGGCUUGAGCAUAACUUUCAGAUUAAUGAUGCUGCGCGGCCUGAUGAGAAUAAUAUAAUACACAAGGUUGUCUGUCAGCGGCCAACAAGUCUAAUACUUGAGGGACCAAGCUGUAUCGGGAAGACAACUUGGGCAAGAUCUCUAGGUUAAUUUUACUCCAUGUGUGAUAUCCAGAUUAUUCCGAAAACAUUCAAGGAGAAGAAAGCAUAGGUUUUUUCAUGGUCUUAGCAAGAAAUCAUGAUUAUUGAUCAAUGCUAUCGUUAUUUUGAAUUAAUGCUAUGAUCCAUAAACUUUUGAGCAAAGACUGUUUGGUACUUAUAAGUAUUUUCUUCAGCCCUGCAAAGUUCCUGGGUGAAAACCAGCAGCAGUCAUCAUCUUUAUCUUUCCAGAUAAUGGUUGGUCAGAUGUGUGCCUUCUUUGCGGCUACAUGUUAAUUCUACUGCAGGCUUUAGUUAGGAUUAUAUAACUUUGAACGUUUGAAUGUUAGGAAGAUAAUGCAUAGGAUUCAGUCAUUGAUUAUGCUUAUAUAUAUAUAUAUAUAUAUAAAUUGGUGACAAACACUUUUUUUUAUUUUUUUUGUAUUGUACUUGAAA